UAGGCGGUGCUGUUCCGGGACUGAGAGCCGUUCACACAGCAGACAGACUGGAAGAGCAGAUACUGAUCUGUUCCUCAGGAUUUCACACACAAACCUUAUUAAUACUCAUCUUUAAAACCUUUUCCCCCUCAACACGACGGUUAGAGGAUCGUAUUGUCGCUGAGAUGAACUGACUUAAACCACCUUGGGCUUUAUUUUAAGGUGAGUUAUCAUGCAGUGAGCGGGGCUGGCGUGUGGUUCCUGAUCCUGCUGUCCCAUGCCCACAGUGCCAGACUGAGGUGCUCUCUCAGGGGCGUCUCUCGCUCCCUCGGUGCCCGGAGCCAUGGAGCACACGCGGGAGAAGGAGAGCGAGCGGCCGGCGAGGAACACUAAGGCUGCUCAGAGCCGCAGCACACACUCUCGCCCGUCCGGCUCUGGGUCGUCUGGCGUGUUGAUGGUCGGUCCAAACUUCCGCGUGGGGAAGAAGAUCGGAUGUGGAAAUUUUGGGGAGCUAAAGCUUGGUAAGAACCUUUACACCAACGAGUAUGUUGCAAUAAAACUGGAACCUGUGAAGUCGAGGGCACCACAGCUGCAUCUGGAGUACCGGUUUUAUAAAACUCUGGGCAGCACAGUGGAAGGGCUACCGCAGGUAUACUACUUUGGACCCUGUGGGAAGUAUAACGCAAUGGUUCUGGAGCUGCUAGGUCCUAGUCUGGAGGACUUGUUUGAUCUGUGUGACCGAACGUUCUCCUUGAAGACUGUCCUCAUGAUUGCAAUUCAGCUGAUAACUCGGAUGGAAUACGUCCACUCAAAAAACCUCAUCUACCGGGACGUCAAGCCGGAGAACUUCCUAAUCGGGCGUCAGGGCAGUAAAAAGGAGCACAUAAUCCACAUCAUCGAUUUUGGUCUUGCAAAAGAAUACAUCGACCCCGAGACCAAAAAACACAUACCUUACAGAGAACACAAGAGCUUGACGGGCACAGCACGUUAUAUGUCCAUCAACACGCAUUUGGGGAAAGAGCAAAGUCGGCGGGACGACCUGGAAGCCCUGGGCCACAUGUUUAUGUACUUCUUGCGGGGUAGUCUGCCGUGGCAGGGUCUGAAGGCAGACACGUUGAAAGAACGUUAUCAGAAAAUUGGAGACACCAAACGAAACACUCCCAUUGAGGUUCUCUGUGAGAACUUUCCAGAGGAGAUGGCUACGUACCUGCGCUACGUACGGCGGUUAGAUUUCUUCGAGAAGCCCGAUUACGAGUAUUUAAGGACUCUCUUCACUGAACUUUUCGAAAGGAAAGGAUAUACGUUCGAUUACACGUACGACUGGGUCGGCAGACAGAUCCCGACGCCGGUCGGGUCGGUUCAGGUGGAUUCCGGAGCCUCUGCCAUCACUAGAGAAUCCCAUACAAACAGAGAAAGACCUUCACAACAUCAGCCACUGCGGAACCAGACGGUCAGCUCGGAGCACAGGGGCGCAUGGGACACGCAGCCUCAUCGGCACACCAACCUGUCUUACCUGAGCUCAUAUAUGGCUUCUGACCGGCAUGGUGGCUCUGCACAGGUGAUCAGCUCAACCAACGGGGAGCUGAACGCAGACGACCCUCUGGUAGCCCAUUCCAACGCACCCAUAACAACGCAGGCAGAAGUGGACGUGGUGGACGAAGCCAAGUGCUGCUGCUUCUUCAAGCGUAAAAGGAAGAAGAGUUCCCCGAGGCACAAAUGAGCCAAAUUCCUCUUCUCCUUACUGUCACUGCACUGUUGACGUGAGCCUCCGUACGGAGACGCGUUUACAGCCGGACAUUUUCGAGGCCGAUACAUACAGUACAUACGGUGGCCCUGCAAAGAAAGUUAAGCUUCUUAACAGUCCAGAGGCACCUGGACAGGACUUUCUCCCGUUUGCACUCUUUUAAUUUGCCUUUUCAUCCUGAUAUUCCUUUAUUUAAGUAUUUUAAUGUUUUUCCGGAUGUCUGUCCCUAUGAGGAGCCGGUCGGUAGACGACAGUCAUGCUGCAUUUCUUCCUGAAUGGUUGUAUUUUUUGCUACGGACAUUUUAACUUUUUCCCCAAAUGUUCAACCAUUUCAAGGACCUUUUCUUGCUCUUGCGCUUGACCCGUUUAUUGUUUGUUUGUCUUUGGUUUCAUUUGGUCUAUCCCCCCUCCCCUCCAUGCUUUUGGACAGAGAGGAAUAUAUCGCCCGGUGGUACCUGGACUCGAUAGCACAGCUUACUUCCACUUCGCCACAGUUUUCUUCAACAGAUUCUGUGCAGUUUGAUUAUAAAUGUCCAUUUACUGUAUGCAUCCUGUCUUACUUCCACCCAUAAACACAUAAGCAUUGUGUCAUCACAAAAUAACUCAUUUAAUGCAAAGUUCAAAUCUCCAUAAUCACAAAAAAACCGGCACAUCGAAACGAAUGUGUUUACGCUGGAGACAAAUAUUAUUGCAUGUAAAAGUGCAAUGCAUACCGUAGGUCAGUAUGUAUACUGUAGGUCAGUAUGUAUACUGUAGGUCAGUAUGUAUACUGUUGGUCAGUAUGUAUACUGUUGGUCAGUAUGUAUACUGUAGGUCAGUAUGGAUACUGUAGGUCAGUAUGUAUACUGUUGGUCAGUAUGUAUACUGUAGGUCAGUAUGUAUACAUACGCCUAUGAUUCUCUAAAGGGGUUUUACAUAGAUAGAUGACUGGCUUGUCAAGGAUUUUGUCCCCUUAGACCAAAACCUAAAAAAAAAAAAAAAAAACUUUACUCGAUAUAUUGACAUAUUUAUCCUGAAGGUAUUUGUGGCAUGUAAAAUGUUUGAUUGAUUAGGUAACCAAAAGCCAUAUUUCAUGGAACUGUGUAUUUAAUCGUAUUGUAGUUUGCAUGAUCCAAUCCGUGGCUUCUCUUAAUGCAGUUACAUCAUCAGGGGUGUAAAAGGAGAAAGCCCAAAUAAAUCAGUACCACUCACUUUAGCUUCAGCUUGCAGACCACGUGUGCUAUGUGCUGUUAUAUAGAAACUUUCAGCUUGGAAUGUGCAAUACACCAUUCCCAAAGUCUUAAAGCUUAGAAUCCUCGAUUACCAUCAUUUCUUUCCAAUUUUUUUCUUGUGUGUGUGUCAUAAUUUUCAAAUUAUGGAAGCUACAGUAUAUAGAAGACACUUCCCUACAGAUGAGGCCAACAGAUUUAAUUUUCCAGUUUUGUAUAGUUUACGUACGCUGUAUUCUGUAACACGCGGGUUUGUGCGGUAUAGAGGAAGGUAUCGCUGUCUCACCUCGUCACGUGUCUUCUCUCGCGUCCCCUGCUGACGAUGCUGUCCGACGCCUCGAGUACAGAGCUGCAGUCGCACUAUCCGGAUCAUUAGGUUUAUUAUACCUGGGUUAUAUGAUGACGUUAGAAGACUGGACUAGCUCCUGUAUGAAUGCUGAGACGGACUGCAAGCCUGUCAUAACUUGACCUGUUGAUUUAUCUGCAAUUAAUGAUACCGAUUCAUUCUUCGAUGUAAAGAGCGUUUGUCUUAAUGCGCGUGAUGCUGCAGAGAUGUUGGGUGUUAAGUAAACAGUGUUCAAGUUCAAUGCACCUUGACAUACUCAAGUGUUGAAGAGAAAGCUGUAAUGCACCGUGUUUUGGACUUAAUACAUCUACUGUUUUUUUUAUUUAAUUGUGUUCUAUUUCUGCUUUAGUCCUCAAGCUAGCUUUUGUUCGGGUGAAAGUUGCUUCAUGUGUAGUCUAAUACGCAGCUGCCUGUCUAUAGCAUUACUUCAACUGGACUUUUGUACUAUAAUUUUUUUUUUUUUUUUUUUUAAUGUUUGGUUUUUGUUUUUGAAUAUCGUGGAUUAAUAAUUGCGGCUUAAAGGAUGGACUUUUCUCAGAUUUUGCCUUGAAACAAAAUGAAUUUAUUUUCUAUUUAAUGAUCCAUGCCUCAAACGGGAAAUUGGAUGGUGUGUUUCUGUGCAUUUACAGUUCUUAUGAGUGUAUGUGUUCACUUUAUAUGUAAUUUUACUGAUUGUGAAUAUUUUUAUUUCAUUUAUUUGGAGAACACUAAGGUCUCCACAGCACCUCCUGGUGGGGUGAAUGGUGAAUGAUUGGAUCUGUGCUUUUCUCCUAAAUUAGCCAUAUGUGGUGUGUGUGUGUGUGUGUGUGUGUGUGUGUGUAUAUAUAUAUAUAUAAAAUGUUUAUUUGUGUAGAAUCAUUUAAGACAUAAGUUGUUUUGUUUGGACACUGACUGAACCGGUGUUAAAAUCAUCGUAUUAGCUGGACGUCAUCAUACAGAAUCUUUGUCUAGGUGACGCAGGACCGGAUUUCCACCGUGUGCGUUUAUUUUUUUGAAUGGUUAUGAAUGGUCAUGAAUGGUUAAUACUGAAACUGAUCAUGCGCUGUUAUGUUCACAAGAAGAUUAUUAUUAAUGGAAGCUUUUUAUCUUUACAUUUGACAUUAAUUUCUGACCUUUCAUGAAGCAGAUGGAUUACAGUAGCGUGAACGGACCUCACAUCUGCUUUGAGUCAUGAAAACACUGGUUCAAAGGGGCAUUGUGGAAAACCUGUAUUUCGACCCGUCUUUUCUUUUCUGCACCUGUAGUUCCAGAUCCUUCUACAUCCGUCAUAAUUUGUGUCUCGUCGACGUCGAUUAGACGCUCGCUUACUUUUUUUUUUUUUUUUUUUUUUUUACUGUUUAAUUCCUGAGUGCAUUGAGAGUGCGUCGUUCUCACGUACGUACAAACGUGCCCUACAGAAACGAGGGCGUGUUAAAGAGAUCAUUCCUUAUGAGAUAUUAAUUAUUAUAUUAAACUUUCAUCUUUCCUCAAAGCUACAGUCUUAAACCGUAUAAUCUGGUUCACAUAUUAUGCCUUAUUACAAAAAAAAAAAAAAAAAAAAGCUCUUUAAUGAAACCACAAACGAAACGAGUCUGGAUAUGAUGCGUUUAUAUCAUUGUACCAUGUUAAACUUUUGAUUUUGUUUUUCUGAUUUAUCUUGAGGCAAAUUUCCUUACUAAUCUCCCAGCCAUAGAUACGAUAGAACUGAGACCACACUGAGAUCAGUCAGAACCUGUCCACUGUAAAUUAUGUAAGAUAUUUCUUUCAUUGUUUGAUGGUAUCAUGACGAAAGUCUAUUACAGAGACGGGUUUAAUUUUAUCUCUGGAUAAAGCAAGCCUUCGUAGAUAAAGGAAAGGAAAUUUAACAUGAAAGUUAUGAGAAAGUAAUUCUCACAGACCCUGUUGGUUUUUUUUUUUUCUUCACUGUUUUUGAUCUUGUCUUGGUUGGACUACAUGCUGUUAAUGAGGAUUUCUAACGAGAAGCUUUGUUCAUGGACAGUGCUAUCAGGGCUCGGUGCGUGUCUUGGAUAAAGCAAGGCCCAGAAAAUGUAUAAUUAAUAUUGUGUGUAAAAUGUUGAAUGUCAUUUUCAGAUUUUAUCCUUAUGCUUUAACUGUGCUAAAGGGCUCCAGUUGUGAAGAAUCCAUUAGUUUUUAAAAAUUUUGGGAAGUUUUGUUUCAGACAGACAAAGCAGCCUCUCUGUGUAACGGCCAUUAAUCAGAGGCACCGAUAAACACUUUUUAUUCCUUCAACCCAGACGGGAAGCUCAAGUUUGGACCCUUUUUUAAUGUAAAAUAAAAAGAAUUUCUCUCUCUUACCCUUCAA